AUGGCGACCUCACCAGACAGCAACAGGCAUAGCGCCCCAAGCUUUCGGCUUCAGUACUCCCAGAAAAAAGGUCAGACACGAGUUGAGAGCAGGAGGAAAAUUUGCACGGCACUGCUGAAUGAUGGCAAGGACUGCCGUACUGAGGUGGAUCAGCCGCACUAUCGAUUCUGCCACCAACAUCAACGGGAGCAGAAAAAGUUGUAUAAUCUGUACAAGGUACGAGAGAGAGAUUUUAAAGCUAUCAGUUUCACUGUAGACGAGGAUGGAAAUAGCAAGCUGGAGGAGAAGAUCCGCGUCGGCGAGGAAGUGGUUGGGCUGAGAGACGCCGUGAACCGUCGAUUCUAUAGUCUGAAUGCCGACAACCGAGGGCACUUCCAGUGGAUGCUCAAACUUCGCAGCGAAAUUGACCAUCUCAAGAAAAUAUCCCAGGAUUUACAGCAGCCUUCAGACCCGCCAACAGAAGGCCCUACACCAUCGGAGUCACCAGAGGGGCCAAAGAAAAAAGGCGACGUGCGAGUGUGCAGAUCGCUAAUCUCCCCUGAAGUACCAAUGUCAGCGUUGGAUCACCUUCCGAGGGACUCGCCGGCUGUGGUCAUCAAAAGUUCCCUGAAUAUGGCGGUGGAUGGCCUCGUGGACAAACUCUACGGAAUCUCGCCAUCUCUGGAUGACUCAAGGACAUCCGUCCCUGGUUCUGACACUGUGGAGGAGCAGAGCCCCAGCACGGAUGACUUGGUCAUUAGAUACAUUUUGAGGGAGUUCCUAGUCUGGAAAGCAGAUACAGAAACAUUAGCCAGAGCGAGCCGUACCAGCACCAUCGACCAAUUCCUUCGGCAUAGUAUCCCUGAGGAGCUCGAGGGCUACAUUAAAUUUUUCCAAGCACUUGGACGUCAGGAUACCUUACAUUUCCUUCGCGAUGCCGUCUACGACUACCUACUACCCAUCGAAGGUCCAUCCACUAUGAUGAUUCUUGGCGCGUCCGUCUCUACGGAUAAUACCGGACGUAGGAUGACGGUUGAGGCUUGGGAUAUCGUACACUGUUACUUCUGGAAUCUAGUGGAGUGGUGGAAUGUGGAGCAACUUUGCUUCUCGUUCGAGGAUUUAGUACUGGUAAAGCGCCUGGUUGCACUACGUCGUUACGGUGACUCCGAGGACACGGAAGCGAAUUGGUACCGCCCAGAAGACGAUUUUUCACAGGAGAAUGAAAUAGCGGUUCUCCAAGGAUUUGUGGCUCUAUUGAAAGGUUUUCAAGAUCCUAUAUGCCAGCAGUUCUCCAGUAGACCUGGUGAAAUAACAGAGGUAGAGUCGCGAUGCUACCUCGUUGGAAGAAUGGGAAAGUCGGAUCCAUCGGCUCUGCCGCUUAUCAAGGAAUUGUCGGUUCGCAUUGCCCGGUUCAUUGUCAUAGCGACCGACUUCGAAUCCACCGGGUGCUGGCUUCCAUUUCAUAAUAAGCAGGACGACAAAGAGCUCCCUUUCAUCAGAAGAACUCGAUCGGCCAAGAAUAAGGACGCUCUACCAGAUGCUCCGUGGGUGACAGAGUGGUCUGUGAAGAGUAUUCUUGACGACGUCAGGUUCAUUAGAGAAAGGAGAGAAAGGGAGGGAUUUGAAAACUUUCAUCUCAUCAUCAUCAUCGAUCGAGAGCCUGGGAAACAGUUUACCAUCUUGCAAGAGACAGCAGAAACCCUCAGAGAAGUGGCUGGUGACCAUAGCACUCGAGACAUUUUUGAUCGGGCGAUAACCGAGUCAAUACCUGCAUCCGAGCAAGAAACUUGGAUAGAAGCAUUCCUUUCUCCCCACUCUUCCGCAGUAUUCGACCCUGCGGAUGUCAGUCCACAUUACGAGGGACAUCGAGUGCGUCAGUGGGACAUCGUCGACAAGUUUCCCGAUUUCGCCCACAGCCAUGCCGAAGUUCCGAAAACUUACUCAGAUAUCCGCUUCAUACGGAAGAUCCUUUCCGAGAUGGAGUCGCAAAAGGUCAUCACAUUACUGGAAACUUUCGAGACCCCUCAAUCCACACCAUUGCUAUACCAUGGCAUAGACGGACAGCAGGAUCUUUUCUUUCCGUAUCAGCCAGGAACUCCCUUGGAUGAAAAUUCCAUCCAGAAAAAGCCUUUUAUGUCUGCUGAGGUUAAUAUUCCCCCGGGUAGCCUUUACGAUUUCGCCCAGUCAUACCGGGCUACGCAUUCUGACGCUGUUUUUGCAAAGGGUAAAAUUCACAUCCACUACUGCGCGUGGCCUUUGAAGAUGGCGCGCAAGAACCCGGCGAAUUUCAAGACCGCGCAAGGCCACAUCUAUCGUUGGAACGCUUUCCCAUUCGACGAAUGCCAUUCUACUCGAGAGUGGCAGUGGUUUCUGCAUAUGGCUUUCAACGAGAAACUGUCUUUUGUUCGUUGCUUGCAUACUACCUUUGUUGUCUGCGCUGAGUCUCGGGACAAGGCCGAAGAGAACAUGCGGGUUCUGGCACAGGAGGCUGAGAAGAAUAAACUGAAGCUGUCGGUAAAGCCGGUGUCUCUAUGGGUGGGGGAUGUUGACUUGCUUGGUCUGAAAAAAACAUGGAAAGGCGUGCCUCCAGAUGCGUGA